UUUUAAGUUCCGAAAAUUUUCAGUCAGUCAUUAUUCAGCCAUCAUUAUCAGGCUUUAAAACAUCGUGAUAUAUGACUUAUAACAUCGUAAGUACUAUUUUAUUGAUUAAUACCUGCAUCACAUUCAAUACUAAUAUAUGUACGCUGUCAGAUAAGUCGGACCAAAACAAAGUCGGACUAUAGCAAAGUCGGACCAAAACAAAGUCGGACAAUAACAAAGUCGGACCAAAACAAAGUCGGACUAUUACAAAGUCGGACUACCGAUAAAUAGAAUAUAACUCGGUCAAUUUAAUAAUGAACAGAUAAUUAUCCGCAAAAGUGUUUGAUCCUAAAAGAACACAACCUUGGUCCGGAAAAACGAUUGCUGGCAACACAGAAUAUGCGAUACCGAAUGGAUCACAUUCCCCGUGUGUCAGAAGUCCUCUACGUGGGUCUAUGUUGGGAGAUGGGGACACCGAAAGAAGUGACCAUCAGAAGGGACGUGUUGGACAUGGAGGAAAUGAUAGAGACACCUCUACAGAUAUACAGAGGAGAGAGACUGAUGAUGAGUGGUAGUUAUAGGGAGGGGUUCAGGUUUAAAUCAUCUGACAGGGACCGCAUGUUCUGGGGCUGUCAUUACAAAUUGAUAUCCGAUAUAUCUCAGUCCUCGUUUUAUACUGCAUCAGGAAAUACCAUUAUCCUAAUGGACAGUAUGGAUACACCUCCUGGAUUUGUCAGAUUGCAGCUCCUAACACCAACGUCAAAUCCCAACAUCAGUUCAUCUCUCGUCCUACUCAAUGACAGAGUUUAUAUAUCAAGUUCACAGUUCCAACAGCGAUCGGUCGAUUUCAGUAAUAAUAUUUCACCUCACCAGAUUUUCACUCCUCAUGGCCCUUGUACUACUUCUACUAUUGCAUCCAUUGAAGCCGAUUACGCUCACUGUUUUGCCAGCAUACACUGGCCUGCAUUAACACGACCCUGGAUUGACAGAUGUCUCAGGCAUACUUGGCCUCCAGUACGUGUCCUUACAGAUAUUGUAAACAAUGGUUGUCACUGUGUGCCUAUAGGAAGUAAAAUUCUCUCUAGUGAAAACCAAUUAGAAUGGAGAUUGUCAUUUUCUCAAGCUGAACAAAAACUAGUUUACGCCAUGAACCACACCCAAUUUUUAUGUUACGGACUUCUGAAAAUAUUUCUAAAGGAGGUCAUUAGUUACAAUGUAGAAGAGCCAUUAUUGUGUUCGUAUUUCAUGAAAACUACAAUGUUCUGGAUUAUACAGGCGGGGUGUAUCAGAUGGUGUCCCCAAGAUUUACUGAACUGUUUCUGGACGUGUUUCAAGUAUCUCAUUCACUGUGUUUAUCGCGGUGAGUUCCCGAACUUUUUCAUUCCACAGAACAAUAUGUUCCUAAACAAAGUUGUAGGUCACGCCCGCACAUCUUUACUGGAACAACUUUAUCAGUAUUACAGAAUGGGCGUGUCCUGUCUGCUACACAGUAAAACCCUCAGAUCGAUCCUACUACCAGCCCUCAGUAGUCCGUCCUUUGUUUUACACUCGGCUGAAGGACAUUAUAACGCUGUCGAGGCGAUAGAUCUUGUUGUCCAAAGGGAGAUAUUUUCACUCCCCUUUCCCUGGAAAGAAUUCACUCACUGUCUUCUGCUGCUGAAAUCAAUAGAUAAAUUAUCACGGUUAUCUCUCUCACCAUACCAAACAUUAACAUUACAGUAUGCUACAGCAGGGGUUCUCACUCAGACGGCCUUUGUUAUGGUAAACAAUGAUACAUGCUGCACACAUAGACAAGUGUACACAUUAGACAAGACGGUGUGUAAUAUGUUGAAACUGGUAGCACGUGUAGGUAGUGUAACCCAGUCACUGUAUCUAGCUCUGUAUUACUAUAGAAUGGGUCACCGUAUCUAGCUCUGUAUUACUAUAGAAUGGGUCACCGUAUCUAGCUCUGUAUUACUAUAGAAUGGGUCACUGUAUCUAGCUCUGUAUUACUAUAGAAUGGGUCACUGUAUCUAGCUCUGUAUUACUAUAGAAUGGGUCACUGUAUCUAGCUCUGUAUUACUAUAGAAUGGGUCACUGUAUCUAGCUCUGUAUUACUAUAGAAUGGGUCACUGUAUCUAGCUCUGUAUUACUAUAGAAUGGGUCACUGUAUCUAGCUCUGUAUUACUAUAGAAUGGGUCACUGUAUCUAGCUCUGUAUUACUAUAGAAUGGGUCAUUGUAUCUAGCUCUGUAUUACUAUAGAAUGGGUAGAUAUAAUGACGGACUUCAUGUUACUUAUCUCACAAAACAAAGACUAUCACAGCCCUACAUCAUGUAUAACGGUGUAGUAGAUAAUGAAGCUGUAGGCAGGCUGUCUCUGUCUAGAAAAAUGAAAACAGCCUGGGUAAAUGACGUCACAUUAAACCCUGAUCUCCAUAUCAUUAAAGAAUUAAUUCUAGAACAAGAAGUCAGUAAACAAAAUGGUACAUUGGUUUUAAUCAUUUCACCUUUUGUGUUGACUGACAUGUUGUCUGUGUUGUGUAACUACAGACUGAGUAACAGAUCCCAGUAUCUACAGUCACUCACGGAUCUACAGACCCUGCUGAUAUACGAUGAUGGCAGAUAUGUACCUUUACACAUUAGAGACCUCUCGUGGCAGAUACUGGGGAUCUGUCAACACGUUGUGGGGGACUUACACGGGGCAUUACAGUCUUAUCAAGAAUCACUCAGACAGAGACCAUUCCAUACAAUACAGAAAGCAACAGAAGCUAGAAUACAGUACAUUAGGCGUCAGUUUCACGGAACAUAGAUUUAGUACCUGUAUGUGGUCCCUUCCUGAUUUGGGAACUCAUUGAUCUGUAGACAUUAAACACAACAAACUACCAUUACGGAUUUAGUUGAUUCACGUACCUAUCUCAUUCUGGUUUUUAUUAAAGUGUGUUGAAACAAAGCACACUGUCUCCUCUCUGUGCAACUCGGAUGUCAAAUUCACAAACGGGGUAUGUAGUUGAAGGUGUAUCCCCUACUUUAUGUGUAUUUUGUGUUCGUGUUGAGCUGAAUCCAGGGCAAUCCAUCUUGAGUUAAUUGAUAAUUUAUAUUUUAAUAGAAAAGUAACAAUUUAUUUCAAUGUACCACCAUGAUGUAAUAUGCAUCUCUUAUAAGUACUUCUAUACAUACGUGAACGUUCCUGUGACAUCGUCUCAUGGUAAUUACUGCCAGAGAAUAAAUUUCGAAAUAGGAAAAUUAUCCACAGUGAAAAGAUUGAUAUACACAUUACUUGUUGGAAUUCUCGGGCUCCUUCAAUUCCAAUAAAUCAGAAUUAUUUGACUGAUAUGGUGCUUUAUAACGAUCAUCAAGCAUACCUGUGUAUAAUCAUUCUAUAGAUGUUGCUCGUGUCUUCUGGACGGAAUGAGUAUUUACAGUGUAUAAAAAAAUAGAUCAAAUUAAAAGAUGUUAUACAUAU